CGGUCCAGCUGCAGUCCGCGCGAGCCGCCGCCGCAGCCGGCAGCCGGGCGAGAUUCGCGGCUCCCGGGGCCCUCGGAGGGAACAACCGCACUCUCCCGCGCCCGUGCUUUCGCCCGAGCCGGCCCGUUCCCUCGCCGCUGACCGGAUCUGGCUGACCAGCUUGCCCUCCGGUCGGACCUGAGGCUCCCGGGCCGCCGCGGGGACCCGCCCACCAGUCCCUGCCGGGGCCCGCUGUGCCUGUGGGGACUCCACGGUUGAUGACACCCGGCGGAGGGCUGCGAUGGAAGGGGAUGCCUCAGACUCUCAGGUGACUAUUAAGAAUAUCGAAAAGGAGCUUAUUUGCCCAGCAUGCAAGGAGCUGUUUACACACCCGUUGAUUCUCCCUUGCCAGCACAGCGUCUGUCAUAAGUGUGUGAAAGAACUCUUACUGUCUCUCGAUGAUUCAUUCAAUGAUGUGGCGUCAGACAACUCCAAUCAGAGCAGCCCUCGACUUCGGCUCACCUCUCCUAGCAUGGAUAAAAUUGACAAAAUUAGUAGACCAGCAUCACAGCGGAGAUCUUUGGGGUGGAGAGGCUGGAAGCGUAAUUCCCUGACCCCAAGGCCGACUAUGUUUCCUUGUCCUGGCUGUGAGCAUGAUGUGGAUCUUGGAGAGCGAGGAGUCAGCGGUCUGUUUCGAAAUUUCACUUUGGAAACGAUUGUCGAGAGAUACCGGCAGGCCGCCAGGGCAGCCACAGCCAUUAUGUGUGACCUGUGUAAACCACCACCCCAGGAGUCUACGAAGAGCUGCAUGGACUGCAGUGCAAGCUACUGCAACGAAUGCUUCAAAAUUUAUCAUCCUUGGGGGACUGUCAAAGCCCAGCACGAGUAUGUGGGCCCCACCACUAAUUUCAGACCCAAGAUUUUAAUGUGCCCCGAACACGAGACAGAGAGGAUAAACAUGUACUGUGAACUGUGCAGAAGGCCGGUUUGCCACCUCUGUAAGUUGGGUGGGAAUCACUCCAAUCACCGAGUGACCACCAUGAGCAGUGCCUACAAAACCUUAAAGGAGAAGCUUUCAAAGGACAUUGAUUUCCUUAUUGGUAAGGAAGGCCAAGUGAAGAGUCAGAUUUCUGAACUCAACUUGUUAAUGAAGGAAACAGAGUGCAAUGGAGAGAGGGCCAAGGAAGAAGCGCUGGCCCACUUUGAAAAGCUCUUUGACAUCCUGGAGGACAGGAAGUCGUCUGUUCUGAAAGCCAUAGACGCCUCUAAGAAACUAAGACUGGACAAAUUUCACACGCAAGUGGAAGAGUACCAAGGCCUUCUGGAGAACAACGGGCUUGUUGGAUAUGCGCAGGAAGUGCUGAAGGAGACAGAUCAGUCUUGCUUCGUGCAGACAGCAAAGCAGCUCCAUCUCAGAAUACAGAAAGCUACGGAAUCUCUGAAGAGCUUUAGACCCGCAGCCCAGGCUUCAUUUGAAGACUAUGUGGUUAACACAUCCAAACAGACAGAGGUGCUCGGAGAACUGUCCUUUUUCUCUAGUGGCAUAGACAUUCCUGAGAUCAACGAGGAACAGAGUAAAGUGUAUAAUAACGCCCUGAUAAACUGGCACCAGCCAGAAAAGGACAAGGCCGACAGCUAUGUUCUCGAAUACCGGAAGAUUAACAGAGAUGAAGAGAUGAUGCCGUGGAAUGAGAUAGAGGUGCAUGGCACAAGUAAAGUUGUCUCCAACCUGGAAAGCAACAGUCAUUAUGCUUUCCGAGUGAGAGCUUACCGAGGCUCCAUCUGCAGCCCCUGCAGCAGAGAGCUGGUUCUGCACACGCCUCCAGCUCCAGUUUUCAGUUUCCUGUUUGAUGAAAAGUGUGGCUAUAAUAACGAGCACCUGUUGCUAAACCUGAAGCGAGACCGGGUGGAGAGUAGGGCUGGAUUUAAUGUCCUUCUGGCGGCAGAACGCAUCCAAGUGGGCUAUUACACAAGCCUCGACUACAUCAUCGGAGACGUUGGAAUAACCAAAGGGAAACACUUCUGGGCCUGCCGUGUAGAACCAUAUUCAUACCUGGUCAAAGUGGGCGUUGCCUCCAGUGACAAGCUGCAAGAGUGGCUGCGGUCUCCCCGGGACGCGGCUAGUCCAAGAUAUGAACAAGACAGCGGGCAUGACAGUGGCAGCGAAGAGGCCUGUUUCGAUUCUUCACAACCUUUUACAUUAGUUACUAUAGGCAUGAAGAAAUUUUUUAUACCCAAGUCACCUACUUCUUCUAAUGAACCCGAAAAUAGAGUUCUUCCCAUGCCAACAAGUAUAGGGAUUUUCCUUGACUGUGAUAAAGGCAAAGUCAGCUUCUAUGAUAUGGAUCACAUGAAAUGCCUGUACGAGCGCCAGGUGGACUGUUCACAUACGAUGUAUCCAGCAUUUGCCUUAAUGGGCAGUGGAGGAAUUCAGCUUGAAGAACCCAUCACAGCCAAGUAUCUGGAAUAUGAAGAGGACGUGUAGCUCGGACACCCCAUGUGGCGAGAAUGAAAACUGUGAACAAAGCCAUGCCUUGGUGUUAGUCUUCGUAACUAAUUACAUAUCGUUUACGUCUUCUGUCACCACACCUGUUUGUAGUGUGCGGUUGUUUUGUUUUAUCUUGUUUUGCUUUGACACACAGGGUCUUGCUAUGUAGCCCAGGCUGGCCUCAAACUUUGUCCUCCCGUGAUAGGCUCCAGAGGGCUGAGAUUAUAUGUGGGCACCACCAGACCCAGCUAAUGUAUGAUUCUGAAAACUCAGAAGGCCUUCACAGCCUUGUCUUGUCCAUGUCAUUAUUCUGCCUUUUACAAAUGGUGGGAAUGAAAACAUUUUGUCACAGCUAGUCCCAGAUAGCUAAAUUUACAGCUUGUCCUUCUCUUUGGGCACAGGGACUCUAAUUUAUUUAAGUCAGCUGGUGUUACUAUGUACAUUCCUUUUGUUUUGGGGUUGGGGUGGCAUACAAAGUAUUUAUUGUGGUUUUUAUGUUUGUUAUUUUUUCUUUCCUUUCCAUUUUUAUAUCAUGUUCAUGUCCAAAGAGAAGAUAUUUUUAAAUGCCUGUUGAUAUAAAUUAGCCCUGUCAUGUGUCUUGAUUUAUUGUCAAUAGGAAAAUGAUGUUAUAGACAGGUAAAAUGACAAAGGCCAUAAAAUGGUAGUAUAUUUAAGUAGAAAAUUAUGUAUUUUAAAGUGUGUAACUACUGAGUGUAUAUUGCCUGGCAAAUCAAUACUGUUCUCUUUUCGUGUAGACCACAGACUGUAUUUAUUGAUAAGGACAUCUCUAAGAGUGGCCUGGGCCGUAAUGCUCCUUCUUUGGCAUAUGUAGCAAGCAUGGUCUCUUAUAGGAAACCCAAGGUUCUUGAACCCAUGCAACUUUUCACCGCAAUAUAAUUUUUUUUUCCCCAGAAAAUUUUAUCUUCAAAUUUUCUUACUUCAGAAAAUACUUGUAUUUAUAGCAAAGACUUAUUUUUCAGAACUGCUAUUGAGGAUAGACUGAUCGUGACUGCCUGUCUUGUGAGUUUUGUGUUUUUGGCACAGAUGUUACACAUCAGGUUCCUCUGGCUUGUGUUUACAAAUUUGAGAAGUUCCCUGUCCGUCUCAACAGCAUUAAAAUACCAGACAUAUUACAUGUUCCUACUGUCUAGUUGGGUGGCAUUGUCCGUGGCUCACUGCGUGGUCAUAAACAUUUGUAGUGUGAAUCAGUAAAAUGUAAAAUUAUUUAGAAAUAGAAACUGAAAUGAAAAGGAUUGUGCAUACUCGGUUUGAAGAAUGACACCUUUUCUAAAUUGGAUGUUGGUUUCUGCAAGAUUAUCUUCUAGGUACCAAAAUCAUCUGUUAAGCAGAUGAUUUUUAUUUGAACUGCCUUUUUAAAAGUUAAAAUGUCUUUCUUGACACUAAGACUUACACUGAUCACUUAGGGAAUGUUAACAUGUUAGUGGAGCAAACAAAAUUUUUGGAAGCUGUUUAUCUUAUUUUUUAAAAAUUACUUUUAACGGAAGUCUUUUAGGCCAAUCACACUGCAUCAGACCCACCACUGACACACACUCCCCACUCGUGUAGGUAGAUCUAGAGAACCUGUGUUUAGUGGCUGUCUUUCCUCUCCCAUGUAUCUAGCACUUUAUAACAUAGGAAACAAAGAGAACGGGCAGUGUUACCUGGAUCAUUGUGCAAUAAAGCUGCUAAAGUCACGUGUGUGUGGUUUGGUGUGAUACUCAGUACUCAUGUAAGCACAUGUCCUGUAGACAUUUGAAAAUAUAAAGCUUUAACAGGAACCAGAAAAGGAAGCUGUUUCAAACACUGUAUCACUGUACAGAAAUUUUUAAUAAAAAUAAAUAAAUAAAAGGAAAGUCAAGUGUAGUUAUUCACAUCUGCACUCCAGGAAUUUUUACUGUGCUUUGUGGAAAACUGAAACAAAACACUUAUUAAAAGAUGCUUUGUGGCACAUGUUAGUUUUUUUUUAAUUUAAAAAAAGAUUUAUUUUAUUUUUAAUUACAUGUAUGUGGCUGUGCAUGUAUGCAUGAAUGUGAGCACCCAUGGAGUCCAGAAAUAUCUGAUGCCCUGGAGCUAGAGUUCUGGGUGGUUUGGGCCAUCCAGCGUGAGUCUGGGAAUCUGACUUAGGUCCCUUGGAAGAGCCAGUGCUCAGUCUUAACCACUGAGCUAUUCCUCCAGCCCUCACAUGUUAGUUUUAUACAGAAUUGUUUUGAACAUUUAUUGAAUUCUUGUGGAUGUUAUCAGUAGAAAAGAUUAAUAUGAUGAAGUUAAUUUAUUUCAAUUGUCUGCUUAUAUUGUCUUAACAUUUCUCAUCUGCAGUCUGCAGUAGAUUACAUUUGACCAGGUGAGUGGUCCUUUAAUUCAUGUGCAUCAUUUUGGGUUAUGAUGCUGUUAGUUGUUGUCAGUAGUGGGUCAUAGAGUUUUUGCUAAUGGGACUCUUUUUUUUUAAAAUUAACAACAGAAUCAGUGGAUGGGUCCUAAUACAUUUGUAUAAUUAACAAGAGUUUCGUUGGGACUGGUAGUACAGACCCGUAGUCCUACGCAGCUGCUCUGGUGGGUAGGGUAAGGAAAUCUCAAGUUCAAGGCUUGUCUGAGCUUACACAGACUGAGUUCCAGCCUGGGUAAUGUAAUAAGACCCUGUUCCAAAUUUUAAGGUAAAAUGUAAUGCCUGGGGUGGCCCCAGGUUUGAGCCACAGCACCACAGCAAAAAACAAAAAAAAACAAAACAAAACAAAAAAACAAGAAAAAGAUAUAAGACCCUUCUUAUGGAGCUAAACAAUAAUUCACACAUUCACAGUUGCUUUCUGAAAAUAGUAAUAGUUAGAGCUAUCUCCUGUGGAAUAAAGCAUUUUUUGUCAGACCAAUAAUCUGGUUAUACCCUGUGAGCAUGUCUUAUGUGAGAAUAUAUUGUUUUACUGAUGCAGAAAAGGAUUGAGAACGAGUGUCACAACAGCAAUGCUUUAAGACAUUUCGUUGUAUCCGGUUGAUUUGCAUUCAUUUAAAAAGAAAUUUUAUCUGCUUAUUUACGAAAAUGUCUUGACAAUGGGAUUCUUUCACCUAAUAAAAGAAACUUCAAGGAAUUUAGUUAA